CUUGGGAUUUUUUUUUUUUUUUUUUUGCCUUUGACAUGAUGGUGUCACAGGGCUCAGCCCUAGGCUUACCAGUUGAAGAUUUUUCUUUUCCAUAUAUGUCUCUGUGUGCAUAUAGGUGCAUGUGAGUGCGGGUGCCCACAGAGGCCAGAAGGGGGCGUUAGAUCUCCUGGUACUGGAGUUUAUAGGUGUUUGUGAGCUACCGGAUGCUAGAACUAAAUUCCACCAGAGCAGCAGUAGAUACUCUUAAUGAAUGAGCCAGCUCUCUGACUCCAGUUAAAGUUGUUUUUUUUUUUUCUUCCCUCCCCUGAGCUGCAUCAUAGUGAUGGUGGUAACAGUCCUCACCAAAACCCAGCUAUGGUCAUAAUACUCUAAUUCCAGUAUCAGGCCUUUGAGACAGGGUCUUAUAUAGCUCAGGCAGGCCAGGAACUCACUAUGUAGCCAAGGAUGAUCUUAAACUCCCAAGCCUCGGGCCUCUAACUCUCUCUUAAGUGUUAUGAUUACAAGUGCGUGCCUUGCCCUGCUUAAUAAUACUGUACUGGGACUGAUGAGAUGGCUCAUUGGGUAAAGUCACUUGCUUCCAGGCCCGAGUAUCUGAGUUUAAUCCCUGGGACCCACAUGGUAGGAGAUAACCAACUCCUGAAGAUUGUCCAUCACAGCCAGCAUAUUAAAGUCUUUUCAUUUGUCCAAUUUAUAAUUUCCUCUGCCGAUCUCAAUUUUGCAUCAGUCACCAUCUAAUUAAAAGAUGGAGGGAGAGUUGGGUGAUGGCUUACAGCUUUAAUCCCAGCACUUGGGAGACAGAGGUGGGUGGAUCUCUGUGAGUUCAAGGCCAACCUGGUCUACCAAUCAAGUUCCAGGACAGUAGGGUCUAUACACAGAGAAACCCUGUCUCAGAAAAUAAAAAAAAAGAUGGAGAGAGGCCAGUGCAACAAGUCCAAGGUCCAAGUCCAACAGUUUGCAAGCCUGACAACCCGAGUUCAGUCAUCCUCUGACCUCCACCUAGGCAUGGUGCACACACACACACACACACACACACACACUCACAGAUACAACCACACAAUGCAAUAACAACUAAAUAAUAUAUUUUUUAAAAUAUUUAUUUAUUUACUUAUUAUGUAUACAAUAUUCUGUUUGUGUGUAUGCCUGCAGGCCAGAAGAGGGCACCAGACCUCAUUCCAGAUGGUUGUGAGCCACCAUGUGGUUGCUGGGAAUUGAACUCAGGACCUUUGGAAGAGCAGGCAAUGCUCUUAACCACUGAGCCAUCUCUCCAGUCCCCACUAAAUAAUAUUUUUAAAGUGAGAAGAUAAACCAGUCCCACUGAGUCAUUUAUACACAUGAAUAUUCUGUAUUCAGACCAGAACUAUGACCACCCAGUGGUUAUCAUUUAAAUUACAUGUGAUAAAGAGGCAUUUCCAAAGGAUCCCUUGAUUCUUGCACCAGGAAGUAGAGUGCUUGCCUAGAAUCCUCCAGUGAGGAGCUUUAGGUGAUGGCUGACAGCUAGAGUGACUUCUGGAACCUUCCAAGAAUGGCUGGGGGCUUGAAUUCCUGGUAGAGCUCCUGCUUAUACUCCUGUGGUGAGGGGCUGGGGCUGGAAGCUCCACGGUAGACUAUCUGCGCAGGGUACAGCCCUGAGGGGUUGGAGGUGUAGCACAGGCGGAAAGCACCUGCCGAGACUCUUCUACUGGGUGGCUGGGGACAUGGUUCAGAGCUAGGGGCCUGCCUAGAAUCCCCUAGUGAGGAGCUGGGGAUGUGACUCAGCAACUGAGCACUUGUCUAGAUUUUAGGUGGUAGGACUCGAUUACAGAGUAUGUCUGCAACCAAACAAAGAAGCAUACACGGUAGCUGUGGUCACACAGGGACAUUGUCUCAGUUUGCAUGUCCAGCCCCUUCCUGAAGGUAAAGCCUUGACUCCUACCCCUGCCUCUCCCACUCUGGUCCCUGGAGUUAUCCGCAGAUAUCACCUCCUGAGCAGUACCUGAUGCAGGAGGGCUGUGCAGGAGGGAAGUACCUCCUCUGGGGUCUCUAGAGUCUGCUUCUCUUGGCCCAGAUGUGGCAAUGGAGGGCAAGGGCCAAGGGGCCAAGGGACUUAUUACCCAAGGCAGGACGGGUUCCAUCCAGAGGUCUACAAAAAGGAGCUGUGGGACAGGAGCUCAUGGCCAGACCUGAUUUGUGUCCCGCUGAGUCCACUGCCACAUACUUACAGGAUGAAAAACCUCUCGCUUCUCCUCUUCCUCCUCUUCCCUGUCCCGGGGUUGCUGGACUCCAGCAGGUCACUCUGUUCCAUGGAUAAAGCCAUUGACAAGAAGAUCAAGCAAGGCUUCAGCUCCCUAUGGUCAGAAGCAGUAAUCAGCGGUGGCAUCCGAUGCCGGACAGUCUCUUCCAGAGGGGAUUUGGCCUCCUGCCCAGAAGGCUUAGCAGUCACCAGCUGCUCCUGUGGCUCUGCCUGUGGCUCGUGGGAUGUUCGAGAGGGAACAACGUGUCACUGCCAGUGUGCAGGCAUAGAUUGGACAGCAGCCCGUUGCUGUGCCCUGGGGGUUGGUGCCUGAGGUCUUGAGAGUUGAGUUGGUCUGCCAUGUGCUGGGGCAGGGGGAUGGGGCUGGCGAGAGGGCAGGGAGCAAGUCCAAGAUGAGGGGCUGGAAACAGAGGAUGGGGUGAUGGUGAUGUUGCUGCUGCUGCUGAUAAAGGUGAAUCGGUGAAGUGGA